AUGGUCGAGGUUACUGGUGGCUUGCCAGUAGUUGUAACGGUAGUGGUAGCAGUGAUUGUGCUAGUGGGCGAUACCGUUGUUGACAUCGAAGUUGAUGCCGUUGUGGUGAUUGUGGUUGUUGAUGCAGACGAAGUUGCAGUCGUAGUGACUGUGGUAGUCUGGGUAAUGGUGCUGACUGGCGACGUUGUGGUGGCGGUGGUCGAGACUGUGGUCGAGGUGGCACCCGCAACAGUACUGGCCACGGUCGACUGA